AUGGCACAGCAAGGUCCCACAUCUGUAACGGCAUCGGGAGAAUCAAACGGGAAACCCCGGUUUUCCUUCUCCAACGGCAUCUUGACGGCAUCAACGGCUCUCCAACUUCACGAUGCUGAUAUAAUUGCUGUCACUGGAGCUCAGGGCGAUGGGGAUGGCUACAACAUACUGAGCCUCGCCCCAGAAGGAGAGGCAAGCGCAGAAACGCAUCCACAGCCUUUCGAGCUGCUUAUCACAAAAGCGACCCACCUACCAGAAGACUUCCUCGAUAUAUACCAUAUAAAAGACGUACCUAGUCAUCUCGAGCCUUCCUGCCAAUUAAGUGUGGUUGUAUCAACAUUAUCUGGAACUGGCCUCGCAACUAGCUUUUUCGAGAAGAUACUGCGACCAGUCUUACAAACACUUUCCAUCGACGAAUCUCAAUAUAGCGUCGAUCGAACCGAGAAUACGCAAUCUGUACAUGAUCUUGCAAAGACUACUUUGCUGGAGAACGCAAAUGGAGGAGAUGCUCAAACAGUUGUGGUGCUUAGUGGUGAUGGUGGGAUUGUCGACAUCAUAAAUGGGCUUCUGGAGAGUGGGGAGAGAUCAAGUGAUUACACUCCACCGGUGAUCUGUCAAAUCCCUCUUGGAACAGGCAAUGCACUCUUCCACUCCCUUCAUCGGUCGUCCACAACUCCUUCCAUAUACGUCCAAGCACUUCGAACUCUCCUAACAGGCCAGCCCAAACCACUGCCAACCUUCAAAGCAACUUUCUCACCUGGGGCUCGUCUCCUUACACACGAAGGCCAGAGUGCUACGCCUCUUUCCAACAAUACAUUGUACGGAGCCGUUGUGGCCAGCUACGGUCUACAUUCUACACUCGUUGCGGACUCGGAUACCACGGAAUACAGGAAGCAUGGAGAUAAGCGGUUUGGAUUGGUGGCAAAGGAUCUUCUGUACCCCGAGGACGGAAGUCCUCACGCAUACCAGGCAGAUGUGACGUUAUUGCAAGAUGGCAAACAGAAUGCUGUUGGGCGCCAAGAGCAUGGAUAUAUAUUGGCAACCCUCGUAUCGAACCUCGAGAAAACAUUUACCAUAUCCCCAGAAACGAAACCUCUUGACGGCGUAUUGCGAGUUGUGAACUUUGGGCCGCUGAGUGGAGAUGAGAGUAUGGAGAUCAUGAAAGCCGCAUAUCAAGACGGGAAGCAUAUUGGUAUGGAAGGCGUUGGAUACGACGCUGUGGAGGGACUUGACGUGAAAUUCCUCGAAGUCGGAGAGUCCUGGAAAUGGAGACGUUGCUGUGUUGAUGGGUUGAUCGUCGGGGUUGAAGAAGGAGGCUGGAUGAAAGUUCGAGUAAUGGAGAAGGGAUCAGAGGCAGUACAAAUCGUUAGCGAUGUUUGA